AUGCCUCGUCGGUUUAGCAACAACUCCUCCAACGACACCUCUUCUACUUCCCUGUCCUUUUCGCCUUCAUCGGGAAAGGGCGGUAUCGCCAUCAAGGCGCCUUCAGUCAAGUCCCAUCGCCUGUCCCAACUCUUCUCCGUCUCGCCCAAAUCCAAGGCCGACCCCCAACCGACCCAGGUGACCCCCCAGUCGACCGGCGGGACCAAUCCUAACAACAAUCCUUCUCCGCCGAUCAGCUCGGCAUCACUGUCCUUACCGACAAUCUCCCUGUCGACUGCCACGGCCGAUAACCCGAACAUGGACGAGCUGCCGACCACCCUAUUCCAGCCCCCCUCUCCGGAGGAGGCCCGCCGGCUGGCCAAGCAACAUGCUCAAUUCGGUCCCAUCGGUCACCCCAGUCACCGGUACUCUAGCCGACACCCUGGCGGUGUCUUUCCGGAGCCGGUGAUGGACGAGCCGCCGUAUUAUUACCUGCUUACCACGUACAUCAGCUACCUAAUUCUAAUUGCAUUCGGACACGUUCGUGAUUUCUUCGGCAAACGCUUCCGGGAAGAGAACUAUCGUCAUUUGAAACCUCGCAACGGCUAUGGUGCGCUGAACAGCGAUUUCGACAACUUCUACGUUCGCCGUCUCAAGUUGCGCAUCAAUGACUGCUUCGAGCGACCUGUCACCGGCGUCCCUGGACGUACCAUCACUCUGAUCGACCGCGCCACUGAUGACCAUAAUCAUCACUUCUACUUGACUGGCACCACGACCGACACUUUGAACUUGAGUUCCUACAACUAUCUGGGCUUCGCUCAAUCAGAAGGUCCCUGUGCGGAUAUUGCGGAAGACUCGGUUCGAAAGUACGGUAUCACUACUCCUAGUACCCGUGCGGAAGCUGGUACCCAAGACCUGCACAUUGAGGUCGAGGACCUGAUUGCCCAAUUCGUGGGUAAGGAUGCUGCGAUGGUCUUCUCAAUGGGCUUUGGCACUAAUGCCAACGUAUUCCCCGCUCUGGUGGGCAAGGGUGAUCUCUUGAUUUCGGAUGAGCUGAACCAUGCCUCCAUCCGUUUCGGCGCUCGUCUUUCUGGUGCAUCGAUUGCCAUGUUCAAGCACAACGAUAUGAAGGACUUGGAACUCAAGCUACGCGAGGCCAUUUCUCAAGGCCAGCCUCGCACCCACCGUCCGUGGAAGAAGAUUCUUGUGGUUGUGGAAGGUCUCUACUCCAUGGAGGGAUCUAUGUGCAACCUACCUGGUUUGGUUGCACUGAAGCAUCGGUACAAGUUCCACCUGUUCGUCGACGAGGCCCAUUCAAUUGGUGCCAUCGGUCCUAAGGGCCGUGGCGUUUGUGAUUACUUCAGCAUUGACACCGCCGAAGUGGACAUUCUUAUGGGCACUUUGACCAAGUCGUUUGGAGCCAAUGGUGGAUACAUCGCCGCAGACAAAGCAAUGAUCGAUAAGCUCCGGGCUACCAACUCCGGUAUUUUUUACGGAGAAGCCCCGGCACCCGCUGUUCUCUCCCAAAUUUCCUCCGCUCUUCGUAUCAUUAAUGGCGAGCUCGUUCCCGGCCAAGGCGAGGAGCGUCUUCAGCGUCUAGCCUUCAACUCCCGAUACCUUCGUCUCGGAUUGAAGCGUCUUGGCUUUAUAGUAUACGGUCAUGAUGACUCGCCAAUCAUUCCCGUCCUUCUUUACAACCCGGCUAAGAUGCCUGCCUUCUCUCACGAGAUGCUGCGGCGCAAGAUCUCAGUUGUGGUCGUUGGCUACCCUGCUACCCCGCUGGUUUCAUCCCGCGCUCGUUUCUGUGUCUCGGCUGCUCACACCAAGGAAGAUCUUGACCGUGUUUUGACCGCUUGCGACGAAAUUGGCAAUGUUCUUCAGCUGAAAUUCUCCACUGGUAUCGCUGGUGGCGCCAUUCCUCCCACCGAAGAGAUGGCCCCUCCACCGGAGAUGGAGAAGGAGUGGCACCGCAAGCGCACUGCCAACCUUACUCCCCCCCCGUUGGCGUAUUGA